AAAAUGCAUGUGUAUUUUGUUAAGUUUAACAUCUUUUUUAGGUUUUCAAGUAACCAGACGUAACCAUGUAUUGAAUUUGAUUCCUUCCAGGUCCCUCAUAGUCACUUWCCGUACGGUAAGGUUGGUUCUGGGUUUUAUUCAACUCGAAGCAUUGCAAAUCGUCAAGUGGUUAAGACAGCGACCCCUUUGGUUCUGAGAGAACUUGAUGCUAUGKCCCUAGAAAAACAGUCUGUGGUAACCCUAGUGGAUUAUGGGACGGCUGAUGGUGGAAUUUCGAUGGAUCUUAUCUACGCAUGCGUCAAAGCAAUACGAGAAAAAUAUGGAGCUGAACUACCGAUCAAUGUGAUCUACGAGGAUCAACCUGUCAAUGAUUUCACGUCUGUUUUCUUGAGAACACAAGGUUUGAUUCCUGGUCCUCGCAGUUAUCUCCUUGACUUCCUCAACGUGUUCGUCAUGGCCAGCGGUACAAAUUUCUACGAUCAGUGUUUCCCCAAAGAUAGCGUGACAUUGGGGUUCUCUUCUAAUUGUGAACAUUGGUUGCGUGACAAGCCUUGUGACAUGACUGGAACUAUAUUUCACCUAUUCAUUACUGCACCAGAGGAAAAAGAGAAGUUUCGAGCACAAGCCGAAAAAGACUGGGAAUUACACCUAACGAGAAGAGCGGCCGAACUUAGACCAGGUAAGAUGUUUGUUAACUCAGGUCGCAAUAUGUCCGACUGA